CUGUCACCUAGGACAGCCUUGCAGAAGAGCCCCGGCUCUGUGCAUACUUUGGCUUUGUCAUUGCAGAGCCGCUUCAGAGUUGCGGGCCUCUCAGCUGUGUGGAAGCCCAUGGGUGCCUCCAAAGAUUCCCGAGUUUGUAGCAAGUUUAGAGCCGCUGUGGAAACUCCUGCCCCACCACACCCCCAAAGAGGCCAUGGGACCGCCCCCUGGGCUCUGCAGAGCAGGGGUGUGCUUGAGUGUGCCCUGGAAUGAGAACCGAGCUGAGCAGAUUGCAGUCAGUGGGCGUUACCAGGAUCCACCACCCUAACUCUGACACACCCAUCACUGUGUGACCCUGUGACCCGUGGAGGAGGCAACAGUGUCCCCCUCCUACAGGUGGAGAGAGCCAGCAAAGGAGGCACAGCCAGCUCAGCCAGCACUCCAGAAGACGCUGUUCACUCUGAUCUGAGGACAGAUCGAGAAGCACACACUCAGUGACAGCAGGGUGUGUCAGCCACCAGUUCUGUCACUGUUGGAACCUGAGGCAAUAGGAAAAUGACUUCCCAGGACCAAAAGGGUGUCACUCGCAGAGCCAAGGUGGCUCCUGCCAAGAGGAUGAGCAGGUUCCUGAAGCACUUCACAGUGGUUGGGGACGACUACCACACGUGGAAUGUCAAUUACAAGAAGUGGGAGAACGAGGAGGAGGAAGACGAGCCAGCCCCCACGCCAGCGGAAGGGGAAGGCAGUGCUGUGGGCACAGAUGCCGAGGCUGGCCCUGUCCCCGCACCCAGGCCGGCCCUGGACUUCAGGAACAGGCUGAGGAAACUCUUCAGUUCCCACAGGUUUCAGGUUAUCAUCAUCUGCCUGGUGAUCUUGGAUGCCCUCCUGGUGCUUGCUGAGCUCCUUCUGGAUCUCAAGAUCAUUGAGCCAGAUAAGAAAGACUAUACGGUCAAGGCGUUCCACUACAUGAGCUUUGCCAUCCUCGUCUUCUUCAUGAUAGAGAUUCUCUUUAAAAUCUUCGUCUUCCGCCUGGAGUUCUUCCACCAUAAGUUUGAGAUCCUGGACACCAUCGUGGUGGUGGUGUCAUUUGUCCUCGACCUCAUCCUCCUGUUUAAAAAGCACCAGUUUGAAGCUCUUGGCCUGCUGAUCCUGCUGCGGCUCUGGCGGGUGGCCCGGAUCAUCAAUGGUAUCAUCAUCUCAGUGAAGACACGCUCGGAACGGCAGAUCUUAAGGUUAAAGCAGAUAAACAUUCAACUGGCCACCAAGAUCCAGCAUCUGGAAUUCAGUUGCUCUGAGAAGGAACAAGAAAUUGAGAGACUCAACAAGCUGUUGAGACAGAAUGGACUUCUUGGGGAUGGGAACUAGCCUCCCAGAAGCACCACCUAGAGAAGCCCUCAUCUCUGCCUCGGCUUGCGCUCCCUGGAUGCUGGGAACAUAUCCUCGUCAGCUCUGCUGCCUCUUCGGUGUGACCCAGUGCCACCCGUCCACACCCUCCUCCUGCAGCAAAGGAACCAUAGCCACCUUUUCUCACCUGGCCUCUGCUGUCGCUCGAAAACAGACAAGGAAGCUGGACUUGUAAAACUUGAUGCCACCCUUCCCUCUGUGUAGGAAUUGGCCCAUCCUUUCCUAAGCACAUCCUGAGAAGAACAGAAGCUGGCACCCUGUACCAGCCCAUUCCAGAAACCCUUUCUUUAUUAGCUGGUCCACAGAUUCUCCUGCUGCAUCCCCUAGGGGAGCUAUCCUGGUUCCCAGCCUCCUCUGCAGCCUCCAGCUGUACCAUCAGCUUCAAACUGGCUCUGCACCCACCAGCGUCUCUUUCAAUUACUGUACAAUUAAUGGAUAAAAUAAGCGCCCUCCUUCCCCUGGGCCCGCCUACCACAUUUUCCCCUUGGUAGCAGCCCACACUGGCUCACUGCGGGGCUCCCAGACUGCCCUGUAUUUAGCACCAUCUUGGGGUGCAAUGCCCUCAUGGGCACACGUUUUUACAGCCCCUUGCUGGUUUGUACUUCUCAAAUGCUGAUGGGCAUUUUGAAGACGACUCCCGAUGGAUGAGGGAUAAGGCACUGAGGUGGCUUUCCAUGCAUUGCUACAUUUUAGGUUCCUCCUCCCACCUCUCCAGAGGUGACAAGGCCUGUGACCUGUGUGCAGGGUGCUGGAACCACAUGACGUGAGCCCCUAGCAUAGCGGAGUAACGUUUCUGAGAGGAACGGCAGUGGAGAGGGCAGAGUGGUGGUUUAAGGGUAACCAGCAACUGGGUUGGUGUCCUCCAGAGCCUUGCGCCUGGGUGCCCACUGCUGCAGAGGGACCUUCAGGACGGGUACUCACUCCUGCGGGGGCCACUUGCAUCACGCAAAUGGGAAGAAGAAGCUGAAGGGCAGCCUGGCGUUGAUGGUGGGUGGAGCUCGGAAGCCUGCCUCUGCAGGGGCUGACACAUCCACAAAUGUCACUGUAGUGGAAACGACAAUUGUCCUCUCGGGCCCUGGGAGGGGCUGUAAUGGAAAGACAAACAGGCACGCUUGUCAUCUUCCUCACUCAGUCACUGUCCCCUUGAGGCUGGGGUCACCGAGGCACAGUGCAGCCCAGAUGCAUGACGAUCCAGGCUGAUUCAGCAUAGCAACAUGGUUCAGUGUUCACAAAAAUUACCUGUCAGUGAGUCCUUCCCUUGACGUACAAGUUAACGAAUGAUUAUGAAAUUGUUCUUAAGACUCAAAAUUACAGUUAGGCACAAUGGCACUUGCCCAUUAACACUCUGGAGGCUGACGCCGAGAGUCACAAGUUUGAGACCAGUCUGGGUUACAUGAGAAGAUCCUAGGUCAAAAUACCAGAUCCUACCAGGCACAGCAGCACUAGCUGCCUGUCCCUGAACCUGGGCUUGUGACAUCAGAGUCAACAGCUCAAGUCCAGCCUUGAGACCCUAUCUUAAAAAACACUGAAAUCCAAAUGGAAACGAUAAUCUUUCACACCAAUAAACUUUUCCUGUCACA